CACAGCCGGAAGCGAGCAAUCUCAAAAGCCAAGCGAGACGAACGUGGCGUCGACGUCCCCUUAUUUAGUUUAGACGCACCGCACGGAUAUACAACAUUCAUUUUUUUUUUUCCAGGAAAAAUUUGUCAGCGAAGUGGCGAGUUUUUCGCGAGAAGGGUGUGCUUGAAUCCCAACAGUUGGCACGCUUCCCCCCCUCCUCCUCCUCCUCCUCCUCCCUACUCCGUGUAUUCCUCCGCCCCAUUGCUGGAUGCUAGCUCGGUGUAGCCCUUGCAUGUCGUAGCACUCCCCCCCCCUAGUCCAAAGUUGUGUUUUGUCUAUUUUCAUUCCCCCCCCCUCCUUGGAUAUCAGUGUGCGUCAAGAUGGGGUGUACUCUGAGCACGGACGACAAGGCGGCUCAGGAACGGAGCAAGAUGAUCGACAGGAACCUCCGGGACGACGGCGAGAAAGCCGCCCGGGAGGUGAAGCUGUUGCUGCUCGGUGCUGGGGAGUCUGGGAAGAGCACCAUUGUUAAGCAGAUGAAGAUCAUCCACGAGGCGGGCUACUCCGAGGAGGAGUGCAAGCAAUACAAAGCGGUGGUCUACAGCAACACCAUCCAGUCCAUCAUCGCCAUCAUCAGAGCCAUGGGACGCCUCAAGAUUGACUUUGCCGAUCCGGCCAGAGCGGAUGACGCUCGGCAGCUGUUUGUGUUGGCCGGCUCGGCCGAGGAGGGCUUCAUGACCGGCGAGCUGGCCGGGGUCAUCCAGCGGCUGUGGAAGGACGGAGGAGUCCAAGCGUGCUUCAGCCGCUCCCGAGAGUAUCAACUCAACGACUCGGCAGCAUACUAUUUGAAUGACUUGGACAGGAUAUCGCACAGCACUUAUGUGCCCACCCAGCAGGACGUGCUGAGGACCAGAGUGAAGACGACCGGCAUCGUGGAGACACACUUCACCUUCAAGGAUCUGCACUUCAAAAUGUUUGACGUGGGUGGCCAGAGGUCCGAGAGGAAGAAGUGGAUCCACUGCUUCGAGGGCGUCACCGCCAUCAUCUUCUGCGUGGCUCUCAGCGACUACGACCUGGUGUUGGCCGAGGACGAGGAGAUGAACCGAAUGCACGAGAGCAUGAAGCUGUUUGAUUCCAUCUGCAACAACAAGUGGUUCACAGACACCUCCAUCAUCCUCUUCCUCAACAAGAAGGACCUCUUUGAGGAGAAGAUCAAGAAGAGCCCCCUCACCAUCUGCUACCCAGAAUAUGCAGGAUCCAACACCUACGAAGAGGCGGCCGCCUACAUUCAGUGUCAGUUUGAAGACCUGAACAAGAGGAAGGACACCAAGGAGAUCUACACCCACUUCACCUGCGCCACCGACACCAAGAAUGUGCAGUUCGUGUUCGACGCCGUCACCGACGUCAUCAUCAAAAACAACCUGAAGGACUGCGGCCUUUUCUAAAGGCAUCCAAGCGGACCCACAAGGAGCGUCGGGACCUUGGCUGACCAACGUCACUUUUAUCGUCUUAUUAAUAACUUAUGUUCAUCUCUAAAAAAGUUUUAAUGGCGGGAGUGUAGACAAAACAUUUUGUGUAAGAUAUUUGUACAACUGUCGAUGGCUGGGGAUUUUUCGCCGUUUUCUAAAAAUAUGUGCUAUCAUUUUUAAUUUUUCGUGUAUAUAUAUAUAUAUAUAUAUAUAUAUAUAUAUAUAGUCGAGGUUACUGUGGUUUAUCCGUUAUACAGUACUCAAUACCGGGGUCGAGCUGGAUAUAUGUUAGGUCAGGAAAAAACACAGAGGCUAUUUCAUUCCUACAAACCUGGUUUCCUUGCUCUUCAGGGGAUUUAAAAAAUAUAUAUUUUUUUUAAUCCCCUGAAGAGUAGGGAAACAUGUUUGAAGGAAUGAAAUAGCCUCAGUUUUUUCCUGACUUAACGAGUGUGUGUGUAUAUAUACAUAUAUAUAUAUAUAUACAUAUAUAUGUGUGUACACACAUAUAAAAUAUGACAAGGAGAUUCUUUCUCCGUCUGUUCUUCACCCCCGAAGGAAGAUUUCUAUUUUUUUUUAGGCGCGUGUGCCUCGCAUGCCUUAGUUGCAGUCUUCUCCCCACGUUGACUUAGAUGUCGGGUUUAUGUGCUAGAUGUUUCCAUCUAACUCCUCCCGACACGCCCACGGUCCAGUCCGGUUCUUUUAUUACUUUGCCGAAUGUUUUUUUUUUUUUAUCACAAGUCCCCCCCCCUCGUCCGUCCGUCCCUCUCCACGGACAAACGCAAGUAUGACCAAGUCGCUCUCCGGGCCAAUUUACCCUCUGACGUACCGUGAGAGUCGAGUUUGACCUUUUUUUUUUUUUUUUUUUUGCAUGUGUGCAGCGAGACCAAAAGCCUGUGAAUGUGUGCGUGUGGGUAUGCACGACGUAAAAACACAAAAACAAAAGGGACUUUAAUCCUCCACGACGCCUCAUCCUCUUUCAAAGUUGUAUUUUUCUAAGCGAGCGACAAAAAAAAAAAAACAAGCGACAUUCCCGAUUUUGACUCCCGGAAGAGAAGCUUUGAAAGGAGGAUGCCCCACCGGAGAAGUGGGACCGAGAGCAUGUGGGAUGAGUGCGUCGUUAUCUCGGCCGUGAUCUGUGAUGGUUUCACGUUACAUAUCCCCUACUCCAUAAUCCCCCCCUCCUCCGCCCCAGCCUUCUGUUUCCAUCGGAUGGGGACAUCUGUGGACUAAUCUCCAUGAUUUUGCUAAUAAAAGAGAUGCUGUGGUGAAACCACGGCAUCUUAUGCAACAACA